AUGACAAGAUUGAUGCUCAUUUUUGUCCUCCUCAAUACACUUCUUGUUCUAUUCGGCAUCAUCCUAGUUUUCCACGACUUCGAACUGGUCGCAAGCAGUAUGGCAUUACCCGUAAACUUGUUCGCUGGUAUUGUGGAAGAGCUGACCUUGAAAGACGUCAAAUAUAUUCUGAUAGCACUGGGAGUUGCUUUAUUAGUCGUAAUUGUUAUCGGAGGUAUUGGACUGGUGGCGGAAUCGAGGUGGUAUCUAGUAACUUACGGCAUCUUGAUGGGCUUGCUGGCAAUGGCCAAUCUUGGCGGGGGAGUGUACUUGCUGAAUCAAACUGACUCCAUAAAGAAAACCGUUGAUACUUUCAUGGAUGAUUCGUUCCUCGAUCCCAGUAUGACAAUCUUUCAUGAAAUAGAAUCUCGGCUCUUCGGCAUCAUCUUAGUUUUCCACGACUUCGAACUGGUCGCAAGCAGUAUGGCAUUACCCGUGAACUUGUUCGCUGGUAUUGUGGAAGAGCUGACCUUGAAAGACGUCAAAUAUAUUCUGAUAGCACUGGGAGUUGCUUUAUUAGUCGUAAUUGUUAUCGGAGGUAUUGGACUGGUGGCGGAAUCGAGGUGGUAUCUAGUAACUUACGGCAUCUUGAUGGGCUUGCUGGCAAUGGCCAAUCUUGGCGGGGGAGUGUACUUGCUGAAUCAAACUGACUCCAUAAAGAAAACCGUUGAUACUUUCAUGGAUGAUUCGUUCCUCGAUCCCAGUAUGACAAUCUUUCAUGAAAUAGAAUCUCGGUUUAAGUGUUGCGGUACUUUUGGACCGGAUUUCUACUUGACGUACGAUGGCGAGGACUUCGUUGCACCCUCUUGCUGCGAAGGAGGGAGGUAUUGUUCUAAAUUUACAGCCUACCAGAGGGGAUGCUCUUAUGUGCUUCGCGCUGGUCUUGAGAAGGAGUCCACGAACUGGGGGUUCAUUCUGGUGAUAUUCGCUAUUGUGCAGUUUGUAUCUGCUGGUAUAGGGCUGUACUACGCUGGUGGUGACCGCUGA